AUGGCAGCGGACGGACAGUGCUCGCUCCCUGCUUCAUGGCGGCCGGUGACCCUCACCCACGUCGAAUAUCCUGCAGGUGACCUCUCUGGCCACGUUCUCGCCUACCUGAGCCUCAGCCCUGUAUUUGUCAUUGUUGGUUUCGUGACCCUCAUUAUAUUCAAACGGGAGCUGCACACGAUCUCGUUCCUGGGGGGCCUGGCGCUGAAUGAGGGGGUCAACUGGCUGAUCAAACACGUCAUCCAGGAGCCACGACCCUGUGGAGGCCCCCACCCGGCAGUGAGCACCAAGUACGGGAUGCCCUCCAGCCACUCCCAGUUUAUGUGGUUCUUCUCCAUCUACUCCUUCCUUUUUCUGUAUUUAAGAAUGCACCAAACGAACAACGCCAGGUUCCUGGACUUGCUGUGGAGGCAUGUGCUGUCGCUGGGUCUCCUCACUGUGGCCUUUCUAGUCUCCUAUAGCAGGGUCUAUCUGCUGUACCACACCUGGAGCCAAGUGCUCUAUGGGGGCAUCGCUGGAGGCCUGAUGGCCAUCGCCUGGUUCGUCUUCACCCAGGAGGUCCUCACCCCGCUAUUCCCUAGGAUAGCAGCCUGGCCUAUCUCUGAGUUCUUCCUAAUCCGAGACACGAGCCUUAUUCCCAACGUCCUCUGGUUUGAAUACACAGUAACCCGGGCAGAAGCCAGGAACAGACAACGCAAGCUGGGGACGAAGCUGCAGUGA